UGAUAGAAUUCUGGCAAUUCAUUAGUGUUCUAUGCCUCAGCUAUGGUAAUUGUCAUGGUAUUUAAUAUUUAUGUGGCAACUGGCGUCUGGAAAUAAUUAUAAUAAUACCUCACUCUUAACAUUAUGUAAGGCUGGCAAUAUUGCCGUUCUAUCAAAUUUUUCAAUUUGGGCUUUGAAGGCGGUGCUUAUUUUAGAUAAACAGAUUACAGAUUACAGAAUAAUUGCAUUAAUAUUCGUGUGCGUCGUCGUCGUGCGACGCGAUAAUAACGAUAUCGGCUUUAAUUUAUAUAUUUGACAAGACCACAAAAGUCAACUCACUCGGCUAUAGGUUGUAAUUAAACGCGUUUUGCACUAUCGCAUUUAUAAUAGCUGUGCGUUCACCAAAACAUGACGACCAUUAACGAAUAAUGAUUAAUAGCGUCCAACGCGGAACAAUAUGAUGCAUUUCAUGUUACUAUUCAGUCGUCAAGGCAAGCUUCGGCUUCAAAAAUGGUAUGUAGCUCAUCCCGACAAGGUAAAAAAGAAAAUUACCAGAGAACUUAUAACCACAAUUUUAGCCAGGAAGCCUAAAAUGUGUAGUUUUCUUGAAUGGAAAGAAUUAAAAAUUGUUUAUAAAAGGUACGCAAGUCUGUAUUUUUGUUGUGCUAUUGAACAGAAUGACAAUGAACUUCUUACUUUGGAAAUCAUUCACCGCUAUGUUGAAUUAUUGGACAAGUAUUUUGGCAGCGUCUGUGAGCUGGAUAUAAUAUUCAACUUCGAAAAGGCAUAUUUUAUACUGGAUGAGUUAUUAUUGGGUGGGGAAAUACAGGAGACUAGUAAGAAAAAUGUACUCAAGGCUAUUUCAGCUCAGGAUCUCUUGCAAGAGGAGGAGGCAGUCGAAGGCGCUCUGAAAGAGAUUGGCCUGUUAUGAGAGCAUCCAAUAUAAUUAAUAUUUCAUACAAUUUUAUUACUUGCAAUUAUAAUUGUAAUGUUUUUUUUUACAUAUAUAUUUAUAUAAUUCAAACAAUGUGUCUUUCAUAAAAUGUUAGUCUUGGAUUUGAUGUAAAGAGAUGUUGCUGAAUACAAUGUUAUUAAUAAAUAACUUAUCAAAAUAUCAGGUUUCUAUCAUUGACGUCCUAAUAUGAUAUUAAAAAAAUAAUACCCAUCUUUUUAUCUGUAAACAUUCGUGUAUUCUAUUAGUUUUUUUUAAUUCUAAUAAACUUUUUUAUAUUGUUGCGUUUUCUCAUAAAAUAAACUUCUAUUAAUGUAUUAACUAACAUGAUGUUGAAAAAAUAAAAAAUAAAAUUUUCAUGCUUA